AAUGGCAACCUUCCUUUAACUUUGCCGAGCCGCCGGGGCCCCGGUGAGAAUGGAGGCUCACGUGGCUCAAUAUUCCGCUCGGCUCCUGCAGCAGGAAAAAGAGAUCAAGAUCUUGGCUGCAGAGAUUGAUCGACUAAAGAACUUUGGCUGCUUGGAAGUAUCUCCAAGUUUGGAAGGAUUGCGAGACGAAAACACAAAGCUUAAGUACCAGCUAAACGUUCUUCAAAAGAGUCUUCAAGAGGAGAGAAAUAAGUCAGUGAAAAGCAUGAUUAAUAUCAACAUCCGCAUUCAGGAGAUCUUUAGAGAUGCCAUCAAGGCUGCAUAUCCGGAUUUAGAAAACCCCCCACUGGCAGUCACGCCAAGUCAGCAGCCCAAAUUUGGGGAUUACCAGUGUAACAGUGCUAUGAGCAUAACAAAGAUGCUUCCCAAAACCAGCGAACAGAAAGUGAGCCCAAGAGAAAUUGCUGAUAACAUUUCCAGAAAUAUUCCUGAAAAUGAAUACAUUGAGAAGGUUGAAAUCGCUGGUCCUGGUUUUAUUAAUGUCCACUUGAGAAAGGAUUUUGUGUCCAAACAACUGAGCAGUUUACUGGUGAAUGGAGUUCAACCACCGGCUAUGGAAAACAGGAACACAGAUCCUUGGGGCCCGGAAAACUUUUCCUCUCUCGUCUUCGCUGGCGGGAGGGAGGUCGUUCCGCUCCGGGGCAGCCGGCGCGGGAGAGGGGGCGCCCAAGGGCCCCGACAGGGAACCAAGCACGGCUACUGCAACCGCGGGGCCAGGAGCCGGGCCGCCGCCAUCUUCGAGACCCGCCGGACGUGCCGACACAGCGCGGCCGUGGGGCGGGGCCACCAAGAGAGCACCAGGAGGUCGGGCCGCAAGGGGAAGAAAAAUAAGCUCUUCUUCAAGUUGGAGUCAGAAGGGCGACGUAAAGAUGACUUCCUAAGUGCUGGUUCCAGUCCUUUGCUCUACCAGCUGAUGUAUCCAAGGGCUGCCAACACUUUCCCCAGGUUCUACCAUCGGUGUUCAGAAUGGAGACGGGCUCAGACCAUCCCUGAGGCCUGGCAGCUCCUCAGGGAGCUCUCCUGGUGCAGCUGGCAGGGCAGGAAUAUCCCACUGUAA